AUGGAUGCAGGAUUUCUUUGUCAAACUAGAAGUCCUGUUCCAUCCCUGCCGCGACAGAAGCGUGCUUGCAAGCUCAAACAUCGCUCUCCUGUUCUUGCCGUUCUAACAAGAACACCAGAUACUAAUAUGACUGGAGAGGAAAGGAAGGCUUCGCAUCCUACUGAUAUGUUAUUAGCAGGACUUACGAAAAAGACUACUGUCUAUAACGAUAGCUGGUUUGCUAAGCUAGCUAUAAACUAUCUAUCGCAGCGAUUUCAAGAUGCAACAGGGAUGAGAAACAGCAAGAGAGAUUAUGAGAGCUUGACACAGACAGCUAGAGAUACAUGGCGGAAAUUCAAUCCAACUCAACAACAUGAGCUUGUGCUUCAAUCUCUUAAUAGAGCCAUCCCCGCAACGAUAUCGACCUUGGCAAAGAUGAUGCUACCACAGUGCACGUUUACAAGAGAAUAUUUUGCUGCCUUCACAACCUUGUUCUUUGUUUGGCUAGUCGGACCCUGCGAGGUGCGGGAAUCCGACUUCAAUGGAAGAAAAGAAAAGAAUGUAGUUCACAUAAAAAAGUGCAGGUUUUUAGAGGAGACAGACUGUAUUGGGAUGUGUACUAAUCUAUGCAAGGUUCCAAGUCAAACAUUUAUCAAGCACUCCUUUGGAAUGCCAGUUAACAUGGUUCCAAAUUUUGAAGAUAUGAGCUGUGAGAUGAUAUAUGGCCAGGAACCUCCUGCGAUAACUGAAGAUCCAGCAUUCAAGCAGCCAUGUUAUAAACUAUGCAAAGAAAACCGAAAGCACAGCAUGCAAUGCUCGAGCUAACAUGACGGCGCAAGUUGUGAAGGAAGCAGGAAGGCAUUUUACCAC